ACAUCCUUCAUUCAGUGUGGGCUCGUGGGGUGUGCUGGUCGUUCCCCUUUCAGGACUGGGGAAAAAGACCCCCUGGAUGCGGAAUGCACUGAAGUUCUGCACCAGUGGAUUUGUGGUUGGCACUAGUGGCUGGGAACCGGGGGGGGAGGGACCUAGUUCAUAUUUGGAGAGAAGGUAUAACAGCAAGAAUCAUGCUUUGCAUCUGAGAACCACUGAACCCGGGGACUGGACCUUGCUGAACUCUGUUUAAGUGGGCGGCAUUUUUCUGGGGCCUGAAACCUGCGCUGGCGUUGGCCUGGGAUUGCUGGGCGCUCUGGCCAGCAUGAUGGAGUUUGAGCAGGCGUCUGGCUCAGCAGGCCAGCUCUCCGUUGACCCUGAUGGCUGUCCUGCUCAGGUGCCCGCUAACUACAACCAAAUGGAGGGGCGCUUCAAACAGCUUCAAGAUGAGCGCGAGGCCGUGCAGAAGAAGACCUUCACCAAAUGGGUGAACUCGCACCUCGGUCGCGUGUCCUGCCGCAUCACCGACCUCUACAUGGACCUGCGCGACGGACGCAUGCUUAUCAAGCUCCUGGAGGUGCUGUCUGGGGAGAGGCUGCCCAAGCCAACGAAGGGCCGCAUGCGCAUCCACUGCCUGGAGAAUGUGGACAAAGCGUUGCAGUUCCUCAAGGAGCAGAGGGUGCACCUGGAGAACAUGGGCUCCCACGACAUCGUCGACGGCAACCACCGGCUCACCCUGGGCCUCAUCUGGACCAUCAUCCUCCGGUUCCAGAUCCAGGAUAUCAGUGUUGAAACAGAGGACAACAAGGAGAAGCGGUCUGCCAAGGAUGCUCUGCUGCUCUGGUGCCAAAUGAAGACCGCGGGGUAUCCUAAUGUCAACAUUCACAACUUCACUACCAGCUGGCGGGAUGGCAUGGCCUUUAAUGCACUGAUCCACAAACACAGGCCGGACUUGAUCGACUUUGAGAAGCUGAAGAAGUCCAAUGUCCACUACAACCUGCAGAAUGCCUUCAACUUGGCCGAGCAGCAUCUGGGCCUCACCAAACUCCUGGAUCCUGAGGAUAUCAGUGUGGACCACCCUGAUGAGAAGUCCGUCAUCACCUACGUGGUGACAUAUUAUCACUACUUCUCCAAGAUGAAGGCGCUGAAGGUGGAGGGCAAGCGUAUCGGGAAGGUUCUCGACAAUGCAAUUGAGACCGAGAAGAUGAUUGAAAAGUACGAGUCUCUGGCUUCCGACCUUUUGGAGUGGAUCGAGCAGACCAUCAUCAUCCUCAAUAACCGCCGCUUUGCCAACUCCCUGGUGGGCGUUCAGCAGCAGCUGCAGGCCUUCAACACCUACCGCACGGUGGAGAAGCCCCCCAAGUUCACAGAGAAGGGGAACCUGGAGGUGCUGCUCUUCACCAUCCAGAGUAAGAUGAGGGCUAACAAUCAGAAAGUGUACAUGCCACGUGAGGGCAAGCUCAUUUCUGACAUUAACAAGGCUUGGGAGCGGCUGGAGAAGGCCGAGCACGAGCGGGAGCUGGCGCUGCGCACCGAGCUCAUCCGGCAGGAGAAGCUGGAGCAGCUGGCCCGCCGCUUCGACCGCAAGGCCGCCAUGAGGGAGACCUGGCUCAGCGAGAACCAGCGGCUCGUCUCGCAGGACAACUUUGGAUUCGACCUGCAGGCAGUGGAAGCUGCUACCAAGAAGCAUGAGGCCAUCGAGACAGACAUCGCGGCGUAUGAGGAGCGCGUGCAGGCCGUGGUAGCUGUCGCUCGUGAGCUCGAAGUGGAGAACUACCACGACAUCAAGCGCAUCAAGGCACGCAAGGACAACGUGAUCAGGCUGUGGGAGUACCUUCUAGAGCUGCUACGAGCUCGCCGGGGCCGGCUGGAGAUGAACCUAGGGCUGCAGAAGGUCUUCCAGGAGAUGCUCUACAUCAUGGACUGGAUGGACGAGAUGAAGGUGCUGCUGCUCUCCCAGGACUAUGGGAAGCACUUGCUGGGGGUGGAGGAUCUACUGCAGAAGCACGCCCUGGUGGAGGCUGACAUUGGCAUUCAAGCUGAGCGCGUCAAGACAGUCAAUGCUACUGCUCAGAAGUUUGCCAUCGACAGCAAUGGUUACAAGCCCUGCGACCCGCAGGUGAUCCGGGACCGCGUGGCCCACAUGGAGUUCUGCUACGAGGAACUGACCCAGCUGGCCGCUGAGCGCCGCGCUCGUCUCGAGGAGUCCCGACGCCUUUGGAAGUUCUUCUGGGAGAUGGCGGAAGAGGAAGGCUGGAUCCGGGAGAAAGAACAGAUCCUGUCCUCGGAGGACUACGGCCGUGACUUGACUAGUGUUCUGCGCCUUCUCAGCAAGCACAAGGCCUUCGAGGACGAGAUGAUCGGCCGUAAUGGGCACCUGCAGCACACUGUGCGGGAGGGCGAGGUCAUGGUGACCACCGGCCAUUUCGGGUCAGACAAAAUCCGCGAGCGCAUCUCCGACGUCCAGGAGCAGUGGGCUAGUUUGGCUCAGCUGUCAGCUGUCAGGAAGGCACGGCUUCAGGAGGCCUGCAACCUGCACCAAUUCCAGGCUGAUGCAGACGACAUCGACACUUGGAUGCUGGAUGUGCUGCGCAUUGUCUCCAGUGUCGACAUUGGUCACGAUGAGUUCUCUACCAAAGCAUUAGUCAAGAAGCAUAAGGACGUUGCUGAAGAGAUUGACAGCUACCGGCCAGUCAUUGACGCCCUGCACGAGCAAUCGCGUACACUGCCAGGCAAGCAUGCUGAGUCGCCCGAGGUACAGAACCGGCUGGAUGGCAUCGAGGAGCGCUACAAGGAGGUGGCCGAGCUGACACGCUUGCGGAAACAGGCCCUGCAGGAUGCCCUGGGCCUGUACAAGAUGCUGAGUGAGGCAGAUGCCUGUGAGGUCUGGAUCGACGAGAAGGAACAGUGGCUGAACCACUUGGAGAUCCCAGAAAAAUUAGAGGACUUGGAGGUCAUCCAGCACAGAUUCGAGAGCCUGGAGCCUGAGAUGAACAACCAGGCAUCUCGUGUUGCCGUGGUGAAUCAGAUUGCCAGGCAGCUGGUGCACAAUGGGCACCCCAGCGAAAAAGACAUAAAAGCCCAACAAGACAAGCUCAACACAAGAUGGAGCCAGUUCCGUGACCUUGUUGACUUGAAGAAGGAGUCCCUGAACUCUGCCCUGGGUGUGCAGAACUACCAUUUGGAGUGCAAUGAGACCAAGUCAUGGAUCCGUGAGAAGACCAAGGUGAUCGAGUCCACCCAGGAGCUGGGCAAUGACCUGGCUGGUGUCAUGGCCCUGCAGCGAAAACUGACAGGCAUGGAGCGCGAUCUGGCCGUCAUCGAGGACAAGCUGGGCGACCUGCAGAAGGAGGCAGAGAGGCUGGCGGCUGAGCACCCAGACCAGGCCCAGGCCAUCAUGGGUCGGCUAGCUGAGAUCACCGAUGUGUGGGAGGAGAUGAAGUCCACCAUGAGGAACCGGGAAGAGUCACUUGGUGAGGCCAGCAAGCUGCAGCAGUUCCUGCGUGAUCUGGAUGACUUCCAGUCCUGGCUGUCGCGCACGCAGACCGCCAUCGCCUCAGAGGACAUGCCCAACACGCUGGCGGAGGCCGAGAAGCUGCUCACGCAACAUGAGAACAUCAAGAACGAGAUCAACAACUACGAAGAGGACUACCAGAAGAUGCGUGACAUGGGCGAGAUGGUGACCCAGGGCCAGACAGAUGCCCAGUACAUGUUCCUCCGGCAGAGGCUGCAGGCCCUGGACACCGGCUGGAAUGAGCUUCACAAGAUGUGGGUGAACCGGCAGAGCCUGCUGUCCCAGUCCCACGCCUACCAGCUGUUCCUGAGGGACACCAAGCAGGCAGAGGCCUUCCUCAACAACCAGGAGUAUGUGUUGGCCCACACAGAGAUGCUAACAACACUGGAAGCCGCUGAAGACGCCAUCAAGAAACAGGAAGAUUUUAUGACCACUAUGGAUGUCAAUGAGGAGAAGAUCAACACUGUGGUGGAGACUGGCCAGAGGCUUGUGAGCGAUGGGAACAUCAACAGUGACCGCAUCCAGGAGAGGGUGGGCUCCAUCAGCGAGAGGCAUAGGAAGAAUCGGCAGGCGGCCAGCGAGCUUCUCACAAGGCUGAAGGACAACCGGGAUCUGCAGAAGUUCCUGCAGGACUGCCAGGAACUCUCCCUUUGGAUCAAUGAGAAGAUGCUCACCGCUCAGGACAUGUCUUAUGAUGAGGCCAGAAACCUGCACAGCAAAUGGCUCAAGCACCAGGCCUUCAUGGCGGAGCUGCAGUCCAACAAGGAAUGGCUGGAGAAGAUCGAGAAGGAUGGGAAGCAGCUGGUGGAGGAAAAGCCGGAGACUGGCAAAGUGGUGAAGGAGAAGCUGCUGGCCCUUCACCAUAUGUGGAAUGACCUGGAGUCCACAACGCAGAAGAAGGCCCAGUGCCUGUUCGAGGCCAACAAGGCGGAGCUCUUCACCCAGAGCUGCGCUGAUCUGGAUAAGUGGCUGAAUGGCUUAGAGGGGCAGAUCCAGUCCGAUGACUACGGCAAGGACCUGACCAGUGUCAGCAUCCUACUGAAGAAGCAGCAGAUGCUGGAGAAGCAGGUGGAGGUGCGUAAGCGGGAGAUCGAGGAGCUGCAGAGCCAGGCGCAGGCGCUGCGGCAGGAGGGCAAGCACACGGACGAGGUGGAUGGGCAGCGGGAAGUCGUGGAGAAGAAGCUGCAGGAGCUCCUGGAACCUCUGCACAAGAGGAAGAACUUCCUCAUGGCCUCCCGGGAGAUCCACCAGUUCAAACGGGAUGUUGAAGAUGAGAUCCUCUGGGUUGAGGAGCGAAUGCCACUUGCAACUUCCAGAGACCAUGGUAACAACUUACAGACGGUUCAGUUACUCAUCAAAAAGAAUCAGACUCUCCAGAAAGAGAUCCAAGGUCACCAGCCACGCUGUGGUGACAUUUUUGAAAGGAGCCAGAGCGUCUUACAGGGGGCAAGCCCCAACGUGGAGGUGAUCCAACAGCGGCUGGUCGACCUGCGGAAGCUGUGGGAGCAGAUGAUUGAGGAGACGGAGAAGAGACACAGCCGCUUGGAAGAGGCCCACAUGGCCCAGCAGUACUAUUUUGAUGCUGCCGAGGCCGAGGCCUGGAUGAGCGAACAGGAGCUCUACAUGAUGUCUGAGGAGAAGGCCAAGGAUGAACAGAGUUCUGUGACCAUGCUAAAGAAGCACCAGAUCUUAGAGCAGGCAGUAGAGGAUUAUGCAGAAACGGUCCAUCAGCUGUCUAAAACCAGCCGGACUCUCGUGGCUGCCGGACACCCGGAAAGGUCUCCUGCACCAUCUGCAGCUGAGCUCUUGGUUCCCCACAGUGAGCGGAUCAGCAUGCGCCAGUCCCAGGUGGACAAGCUGUACGCCGGCCUGAAGGACCUUUCCGAGGAGCGGCGGGGCAAGCUGGAUGAGAGGUUCCGCCUCUUCCAGCUCAACCGUGAGGUGGACGACCUUGAGCAGUGGAUCGCGGAGAGGGAGGUGGUGGCGGGUUCCCAUGAGCUGGGCCAGGACUACGAGCACGUCACUAUGCUCCAGGAGCGCUUCAGGGAAUUUGCCCGCGACACAGGUAACAUCGGCCAGGAGCGCGUUGAUGCCGUCAACCAGCUGGCAGACGAGCUGAUUAACGCCGGCCACUCGGACGCGGCCACCAUCGCUGAGUGGAAGGACGGCCUCAACGAGGCCUGGGCCGACCUCCUGGAGCUGAUCGACACGCGCACCCAGAUCCUUGCUGCCUCCUACGAGCUGCACAAGUUCUACCACGACGCCAAAGAGAUCCUGGGCCGCAUCCUGGACAAACACAAGAAGCUGCCAGAGGAGCUGGGCCGUGACCAGAACACGGUGGAGACCCUGCAGAGGAUGCACACCACCUUCGAGCAUGACAUCCAGGCCCUGGGAACGCAGGUGAGGCAGCUGCAGGAAGAUGCGAUCCGUCUCCAGUCGGCCUACGCCGGAGACAAGGCGGACGACAUCCAGAAGAGGGAGAGCGAGGUCCUGGAGGCCUGGAAGAGCCUCCUGGAGGCAUGUGAGGAGCGCAGGGUCCGGCUGACGGACACUGGAGACAAGUUCCGAUUCUUCAGCAUGGUGCGCGACCUCAUGCUCUGGAUGGAGGACGUCAUCCGUCUGAUCGAGGCGCAGGAGAAACCCAGGGAUGUAUCCUCAGUGGAGCUGCUAAUGAACAACCACCAGGGCAUCAAGGCUGAGAUCGAUGCCCGUAAUGACAGCUUCACCGCCUGCAUCGAGCUGGGAAAAUCUCUCCUGGCACGGAAACACUAUGCUUCAGAGGAGAUCAAGGAGAAGUUGCUGCAGCUGACUGACAAGCGGAAAGAUAUGAUUGACAAGUGGGAGGACAGAUGGGAGUGGCUGAGAUUGAUUCUGGAGGUGCACCAGUUCUCACGGGACGCCGGCGUGGCCGAGGCCUGGCUGCUGGGCCAGGAGCCGUACCUGUCGAGCCGGGAGAUGGGACAGAGUGUGGACGAGGUGGAGAAGCUCAUCAAGAGGCACGAGGCCUUUGAGAAGUCGGCCGCCACGUGGGAGGAGCGCUUCUCAGCGCUGGAGCGGCUGACAACGCUGGAGUUACUGGAAGUGAGAAGACAGCAAGAGGAGGAAGAGAGGAGGAGACAGCCGCCGGAACCAGAACCGCUGCCUGGAACGGAGACUGACUCGGCAAAACAGCGGGAUGAUGAAAAGAUCUCUCAAAACGGGCUGCCAGCAGAUCAGGAUUCUGCACGGCCGGACGGCGUUGAUGGCGGCGAGACCGUGAAUGGUGUGGUGGAGAAGAGCUCCAAAGAUGGAAGCCCGCUGCCCUCGCCCACCUCCAACCGACGUGAGAAGACCAGCCAGGCGGCCACGCUGCCGGCCAAGCACAGGGGGGGGGCCUCCACGCAGAUGGAGGGCAUACUGCACCGCAAGCACGAGUGGGAGGGCCACAACAAGAAGGCGUCCAGCAGGUCCUGGCAUAAUGUGUACUGCGUGAUAAACAAACAGGAGAUGGGAUUCUACAAAGACAGUAAGAAUGCAAACCAGGGCAUCCCGUACCACAAUGAGAUCCCUGUCAGCCUGAAGGAUGCAACAUGUGAGGUUGCCGUUGACUACAAGAAGAAGAAGCAUGUCUUCAAGCUCAGAUUAACAGAUGGAAAUGAGUAUCUCUUCCAAGCCAAAGAUGACGAGGAGAUGAACACGUGGAUCCAGGCCAUCCUGAACGCAGUGGCCUCCGACAGCUCUGCUCUGACCUCCAGCAAGCAGGCGAGCCCGGCCUCCAGCCGCGCGCAGACCCUGCCCGCCAGCGUGAGCCUCACCACAGAGUCCAGCCCUGGCAAGAGGGAGAAGGAGAAGGAGAAGGAGAAGGAGAAGCGCUUCAGCCUGUUCAGCAAGAAGAAAUAGAGCCAUGUCUCCUGCCAGCUCCAGUGAUUUUCCAAGCAUGCAAGCUGAGAACCAACACUAAACACUCUGUGCCUAACAUUCCUGGGAUCGGGUGUAGAACUUACAGACAGUUUUUAAAAGAAUACGGUGGACACAAAAAAAGGUCUUAAGUGAGGGUGUGAGAUCUGUUGGGCAGCUUCCAUCUCUAAACGUUAACUGUCUUGACAGGACCAGACAGAUUUUUGGUUUUGCUCUUUCUUAAUUUGUGGGUUUUUUGCCAUUUGAUUUUUGGUAAUUCUCUUUUUUGUAAGUAUAAGUAGUUUAUAGGCUCUAUAUAUUUAAACAUUUCCUCAAUUUUGUGAGGCUGUCUGGUAAAGACGACUUGCAUCCUUAUCAUCGGCGGUAUGGCGACGCGCUGCUGGUCCGUGUCCUUUGGCGUCUCUGAACACAGCCCAUGGUGGCUGGCCGUGCCACAGCCAGCCAGUUCCUGGUAGAAAGGUAGCUCUGCGCUCUCCUAACUAAUAAACAAUCCAUCCAUUAUAAGCUUCCAGGCGGUAUAUUGCCUUUGCCGACACUCUGUAGAAAACCACAUUUACAGUAUAUAGACACAAAACCAUAGAAGUCGAAUGUCACCACAGUAAUGCCAGGAUUUACAUGUGCGGAUCAGAACCGGUGCCAAUGUUGGGGACACAAGAAAGCCUGAGAUUAUAAAUGGAUUUUAGUUACUUAAUUUUGCAUUUGUUUCUUUUUUUGCUGUUUUCUUUUUAUUUGUUGUUCCUCAGUUCCAUUAUACAUUUUAUGUCAUUCUAGUACAGAAUAUUAAAAAUAUAGAUGUAUUAUAAACAUGUUAAAGCAUUGCUGUUAAGUGGAAAAGUGGAAUCAAAGCAUUUAAUGGGAAAAAAUGUUAUUCCAAAACAGAUGCUUGCUUGUUGGCUAUAGCACUGUGUGUUUAAAUUUUUUGCUAUAUUAACUUGCUCUUUGAUACAUAGUGUGCAUUUCUCUGUCAUUGUAACUAUAGCAUUGAAAAUUACCAUCCAGAUGCACAAUCAAAAAAUUAACUAUGGGAAUGUUUUCUCUUUUUUCGCCUUUGCUGAGCCCAUGGAUGUGGGCGGAGCAGGCCUGGCUCUCUCAUGUAUUGGGCUGCCCUUGUAGACUCACCAUACCUGUUCAAUAUGUGCGAUGUCAUUAAAAUGCUUUUAAAAAUCA